CUGGAUCAUCUGCCGCAGUACUUUUUCGAAGCCCUCGCAGCACCGAAGUGGACGGAGCGACGCGACAUCUUGCAAGAGGUCGUGAACAUAGUUCUCAAACGUCCACGCCUCGAUCCAAAUUUAAACUACAUCGAUCUUCUCGGCACAUUGAAAGGGGUUUGUGUCCUUUUUCACUUCAUUUUACGCUUUAGCUGUGGUACUGAAAAGGAACAUGCGCGACUUAACAGGACGAAGUAUUUCUCUACAGCUCCAUUUUUCUCUUUUUUGCUCUGA